GUAGGUUAUUGGCUAGAGCGAUACUUGAACGCGAAAGAAGCGAUUUGCCCGAGUUUCAAGAGGGCGCUUGUGUGGUGUGAUUGAUUUGACCGGCGGUGUAAAAGGAAGAAAAAUCCACCCCGAGUCGUGGCGUGGAUUUCUGAGGUUACUCGCAGAUGUGAACAGGACCUCGACAAAAUGUCGUUCAAGUGUCCUUCUGGCUUCCCUGUUGUGGACAUUAGUCACAGCCCACCAGCUGGAACCUUUUGUCGCAGUCAGCGGACACCCGACAUUGACGUGAGGUCUGGCGAUGAGGCCCACGAGGCCAACUUGAGGCGGUACCUGGUCAACAAGAGGUCCCUCACCAACUCUUACCAAUCUGGCCAACGCAGCACCUGCAACUCUGGCAAUAGCAGUUCCAGAUGCGUCUUGGCAGGCGAGAAACGGAACAAUGAUGGGGCCGUGAUCAGAGUGCCUGCAAGUUCUGGUAGACCGUCAGGCGGCUACCUGUCCCCUUGCGGAUUGGAGAAUGUGUCAUUCUGCUCCGCUUCGACUGAGAGCAGCAACACGCAAAAGUCGGGAACCCAAUCUGGAACUCAAUCUGGAUACAGAUCCAAUUCGAAAAACGAAUGCUCGAAAACAGAGUCGAAGAUGCAAGCCAAAGAGGACGUGACUCCAGAAAAGCGUCGACGGCUGGAAGAAAAGCAAGAAUGCUGCGAUUGCGUGACGGCUGGCCUCCCUGCGGUUCUCCGCCGGCGCAACCGACGAACGAACACGCGAACGCCGCACAGCGGGGCAGGUGCGUUGACGAGAUCCAGGAGGUUGUGCCUCUGUUACCGACUGAGCGUCCAGUGCUUCUUCGCUGCGACAACGAUGCAGCGGUCGGCCAAGGAGCCGAAUCCGUUCUCACUCUUGCUGCCGCCGUCCAGCGACAAGCUGUUGCUGAGCGGGCAAAGCGUGGCGCGUUGCUCGCGCAGCCGGCGCCUCCGCGACGUGCCGCGCAGUUGCGUGUCGUUCGACGUCAACACUACUGGCAGGGCGCUGUUGCUCAAGAACGGGCUCGACACUUCUCGCAAGCUUCAUGUGCUGGGUCGCGGAGGGUUCGGGGUCGUGGUCAAGGCAGUCUACCAAGGACAAGCCGUUGCUGUGAAAAUCAUCCCUCGGCACAAUAAAUCUCAGCGGACCGUGGAGUCGUGUCUGAGGGCCGAGAUGAACGCCAUCAACUUGGAUCAUCCGAACAUCGUGCGAGCCAUUCGAAUAUUCGGCUUUGAGGAACGCAAUGCGUUGGUCAUCAUGGAGUUGGCUGGUUCCAUUUCGCUCCAAACCAUGCUCAACGAUCAUCGCACGGACAUCCCGUUUGUCACCAGAGUCAAAUUUGCUGUACAAAUUGCGUGUGCCUUGGAAUUCUGUCACGAUCGCAGAAUCCUGCAUUUGGACGUGAAGCCGAGCAAUAUCCUUAUCUCUGGUCACGAAACCUGCAAACUCGGCGACUUCGGCUGUUCCAGGCAUUUGGACGACGCUAUGACUCAGGGUAACAACUCAAAUUGCCCGGUCAGGGGUACAGUCGUUUACCAGGCACCCGAGGUUUUGCGGGGUUGCCUGCCCACCGAGAGGGCUGACGUCUAUUCGUUGGGAAUCACCAUGUGGCAAAUGAUCACCCGGGAAUACCCCUUCCCCGGGGAGCGGUCUCACGUCGUUAUGUACUUGGUCGGCGGAAGAGGAAAGAGGCCUGUGAUGCCGCAUCCCGGAAAUCAAAAUGAGAAAUUUUACAUGACUUUGGUGGAGCAUUGCUGGAAGCAAAAUCCAAUCUUACGCCCGAGCGCAGCAGAAAUCCAGUUGGAAAUGCGGAGUUGGACCGACUCCGUGGGGGAGCCACUGAUCGUGUGAAUCAUCACGUUGUCUUCGUCUAAUAGCUCCGCAGAGUUUCUCGAUAAACCUUACGAGUGUGCUUCGGAGUCUCCCUUCUUUGAAAGUUGGGUUCAAUGCGAAAUGUCCUGCGUUUAUUAUGGCCCUCGAAGAAUAUGCUUUUCACGUUAAGUGGUUCCCAUCCCUGUUCUUGAGUCUUUUUCUGUUCUUAG